CAAGAAAGUAUAACAACAAAGAUACGGGAGAAAUAAUUAUUGAUUUCCAUCUAGAAUCAUAGUGCAAUUAGUAUUAAUAAGCAAUAAUAGUUGACUGAAAAAGUGUAGCAAACGGGUUCAAGAUCAGACCGGCGAUAUACUUAUUCCUCCGUGGUUGAAUUCGGACGAUUAUUAAAACGCGGGCAUUUGGUGUAGUCCAACAUCGCCACCGAAUCUGUAAUUUAAAGGUAGGGUAGUUGAACCAUAGUUUGUCAUAGGAGAAUUGAUUGAGCUAGUGGGCAAAAGGAAACCACUUCUUUUUAAGCGUUGUCAAAAAUUAAUUGGCUGCUUUAAAAAUUGUGGUUCCCUUCGGGAACAUUCUUAAAAAGAAGUGACACAAACCAAGUGUCCAAUUAAGAAAUCGGACCUGUCCACAAAAUGGCUUCGGAUUCAGUGAAUGUUGAGCAAACAAGCCUGGAUUAUACAGAAACAGCGUGCAGCAUCUGUGGUCCGUCAACACAGGAUGAAGAAAUGGUAAGGUGUGACGGUUGUUCGGGAUGGUUCCAUUCUCGUUGCCUGGGUAUCGUUGAGGGUAAUUUGCCGAAAAGGUGGUUUUGUUUAAGCGAAGCCUGCCAGGAGAUGGCCAAGGAGUCCCAAAAGAAGAAGACCGUUAAGAAGCAUCAGACCCGUAGUCAAAAGGAAGCUGAUGACUCUGACAAAUCCAGCACGAAUGCCCACCUGGUCGCUUCUAGUGUGGAAGCAAAGGUGCGUGCACUUGAGGAGCGACAAAAGCGGCAGAUGGAGAAGCUGGAGGUUGAAAUGCAGCUGCGGAAGAAGGAGAAGGAGAUGCAGCGUGCUCUAGAGCGGAAGAAGGUUGAAAUAGAGUUGCAAAUGCGUGCCGAAGAAGAAGAAGAGCAGAGGGCCUGGCAAGCCGAGAUGCUUCAGAAGAAGAAGGAGCAGAUGGAUCGAAUGAAGGCGAGCCAGAAGACUUUCGAGGAGCAAAUGUCAGCCAUGGACAAGAAGAUGGCGGAUCUUUCGACUUCCAAUGCGCCCAAGUUGUCGAAACUUAAAGCUGACGAUUCGCGAGCGGGAAAUUCCAGCAAAAUCCAACAAAAUGUGUGGAAGCUGACCCAGAAGCACGUCAAAAUGCUGGAAGGAGACGACGAAGACAACGAAGAGGAGGACGAGGAUGCUGAUAAGGAAGGAGAAACGGAAUCUUCGAGCCGGAGCUCCGAGAAGGGAGCCAAAUCGCACAAUUCGCGGAAGAUCAGGAAGCUGUUGGUGAAAGUAAGCCAAGACGGGCUGGGGCUGCAGCAGACUCGACCUACAAAGGCUCAGUUGGCCGCAAGGAAUGGUCUAACGUGCAAGCUUCCGAAGUUUUCGGGAAAACCAGCGCAGUGGCCAUUGUUUUACGCGGCCUAUAAAGCAUCAAAUGAUGACUGUGGCUACAUGAAUCACGAGAACCUGAUGAGGCUACAGGAAGCGCUCGAAGGUGCCCAACUUCAUGGUUACUUGGGUGACGCCCUUGAGCUGGUAUCUGGUCAACUACUACUGCCGGAGUCGAUCCCGAGGGUUAUCGAGAAGCUGCGUCGGCACUUCGGUCGCCCGGAGCAGCUACUUGAGAGUCUGCUGGACAAGGUCAACAGGUUGGACUCCCCUAAGCCGGACAACCUCCGGAGCUUUAUUCCUUUCGGGAAUACGGUGGAACAACUCUGCGGCCAUCUGGAGGCCGCCGAUCUGCGGCAACACCUUGUAAAUCCGCUGCUAAUAAAAUCAUUGGUCGCUAAGUUGCCGGAUCGAGAAAAACGAGAGUGGAUCCACUAUCGCAGGGGUCGUGGAGAAACGACGUUGCGAACACUUACUGACUUCCUGAUGGAGAUUGUGGACGACGCUUGCGAAGCGAAUGUUGACUUCGACUUCAACAAGUCGUAUUCGACGCAAUGUAGCAUAGAGGAUGAGAUGAAUGACUCAGAGGAAGAUGAUGCGUCAUGCCGCCACUGCAAAGUCAGCAGUUUCAGUAGAGUAUCUGAACAUGAAAGGAUGGCCUCGUGUAGACUUUGUCAAUCCACAAACCAUCAUAUAAGGCAAUGUGCAAGCUUUAAGAAGCUGCAGUAUGGCGAGCGUUUGAAAGUAACAACACGCGAAAAGCUGUGUCUUAUAUGCCUGAAUGAGCACGUUGGACAGUGUAAGUUCAGAAUUCACUGUAACGUAGGUGAUUGUAGAGAGCGCCACAAUCCGCUAAUGCAUCCAGUUGAGAAUGCGACAGGGUUGAGCGCACACAUGAACACAAAAUGUGAUGUCUUAUUCCGGAUCGUACCGGUAAAGAUACACUGUGGACAAAAAUCGGCUACGGUGCUAGCGUUCCUAGACGAAGGUGCUUCCGUCACUCUUAUCGAUAAAAAGCUAGCUGAUCAUCUAGGUGCCGUGGGAGAGCCAGAGCGGCUAACUAUUCAUUGGACAGGCGAUGUGUCUAGAGUGGAGGAAUCUCAAAGGAUUAGGCUAUGUGUAUCCAACACAAAUUCCGGAACCAACGCCAAGAUGUUACUGCAUACUGUCCACACGGUUGAAAAGUUGAAACUUCCUCACCAAAAACUGGACUAUAAGGAGCUUGCCGCACAGUAUAAACACUUGCGAGGGCUUCACAUUGAAUCCUACAAUGGACAACCGCAAUUAUUAAUCGGAGCUAACAAUAUUCAUACGUUUGUACCAACUGAUGCAAGGGCAGGUGAAUUAUUAGAACCUAUCGCUGUGCGUACCAAUCUUGGAUGGACGAUUUAUGGGCCUAAACAAUCAAUAAGGGCAACAGCUGGUCAUUACCUAGGGCAUCAUCAACUAGAAAACGAUAAAGUUAUGGUGAAGAAAGCUGCUGUAACGAUAAACUUUAACAAACCGCCGUUGUCAAAGAAGUCGGGGAAUAAAAAGAGUGAAACGAUCGAGGAUACAGGUAACAUUGAGGCAAGAGUUUCUAAAGUAGGAACAAUCGGUUGCGCAAACGAAGAUCCAGCGUUCAGAUCGAAUAUUUUCAACAAGAAGCGUAAGCUCCGCAGGAAGUGCAAUAUAGACGGAGUUGUCAACGGUAUCAAUCGUGGUUGCUGUCAAAGUACACGUGAAAUAAGCGGCACUGGAGUUACAGUAAAUCCGAGAAUGACGGAUGUUACGGGCUGGGGUGUUGCGAAGCCGCUUGUGAACCCCUGGUUGAGCAGCAGCGAUCAAUUUGACAGCUCAUGUACAACUGUGAUAGUAACGAAAGACGAGAGAAUGUGCGUUAGUUGUGGUAGGCACAUACAGAAGGUAAACAAGAAAGUAUAACAACAAAGAUAAGGGAGAAAUAAUUAUUGAUUUCCAUCUAGAAUCAUAGUGCAAUUAGUAUUAAUAAGCAAUAAUAGUUGACUGAAAAAGUGUAGCAAACGGGUUCAAGAUCAGACCGGCGAUAUACUUAUUCCUCCGUGGUUGAAUUCGGACGAUUAUUAAAACGCGGGCAUUUGGUGUAGUCCAACAUCGCCACCGAAUCUGUAAUUUAAAGGUAGGGUAGUUGAACCAUAGUUUGUCAUAGGAGAAUUGAUUGAGCUAGUGGG